GGUGUAAGUAAUGUAGAAUAACGAGAAUUUCGAACUUUGGGGAAAAAAACGCUUGGAGAGGGGGGGGAGAGAGAUUGAGAGAUAGAGCGCGCCCAAUCUAGCGUCAUUCUCUGUAUUUCCUCGCCUCGAUUAGAUUCGGUUUUAGAUCCCAUCUUACAGACUCCAGCGCUCCGUUCGCCCAGUUUCUUCGGUCGUUGGGUUUUGUGAGAGCAUUGCUGUAACAAACAGUUUUAGAGAAUGAUGGAAUAAUGGCUGCUGCAGAAGCAAGGGCUGCUUGGCAGCGUGCUGCAAAUCGUUGCCUAGUCCAGGAAGAUGCAAAGAGAGCUCCAAAGUUAGCCUGCUGCCCAUCAUCAUCUGUGCUGCAGAAUGAUUCAAGCAAUGACAAUGCAACAAAUGCACAAGAUCAUUCUGCCCCAUAUUUUAUGCCUUUAAACUGGAAUCCCAUGAAUUCUAAUCUUCCACUGGAUGCUAAAUGGUGGCUCCAGCUGCAACCCAACUUUGGUCACCAAAAGGGCUAUGUAUGUGAACAGCCAAAUUUCUUAGAAGAUGAACUUGAUGAGAUGAGAGCGGAAACUACAGUCCCAACAAGUAAGUUUACUGAAGAGCCGUUGCUGGGUGAAUCAAUGGACAUUGAUCUUAAAGUAAAUGAAUGCUUUCUGGAGUCUCCAUGUAUGGUAUCUACAGCUUCUAUGAGGCACUAUUCUGAAUCUGGAGUCCAAGAGAUGAAGACAGUAACCAGUUGCCCACAGCAACCACUAAAGCAUAAGGUAGAUAUGAGUGAUUAUCUUUACAGGGAUGAGGAGCUGCUGGAUUGGAAGCCUGUUGAUCAGUUGAUUUCAAAGAAACAAGAGAAGGUUUCUUCAGACCUCAAAACACCAUGGGCAGGAGGUAACAAGAGUGAGCCCUGGUGGCGGAUAUCUGACAAAGAUGAGUUGGCUUCAUUGGUUGCCCAAAAAUCACAGCAGCAUAUUGAGAACUGUGAUCUGCCAAGGCCCACCCAGACGGUACAUGUUAGCGGGAAUCCAUUUGGUUGUCUUGAGAAUUUAGAUGCUAAUGGGAUGUUUGCAUCAACAUUAGGGCAAAAGUUGCAUGCUGGCAUAUGCAGUCCCUUUGAUCAUGCACAAAAUACUUCGUCUUCUGGGAGUUUGGAUGAUAAGAAUUGGUCUUCUGGUGGAGGCUAUUUGCUACAUGAUACUGCAAAACUGUACAGCGGUGACCAAGGUUAUUGUACAACCGAAAAUGAUUCACCAGAAAGCAAGCAGAUAGCAGAGGGUGACCCAAGCAGGGCUCAGCUGUUGGAAGCACUCUGCCAUUCACAAACCCGAGCAAGGAAAGCUGAAAUGGCAGCCCAAAAAGCCUAUGAUGAGAAGAACCACAUCAUCAAGCUACUGUUCAGACAAGCUUCUCAUCUAUUUGCAUACAAGCAGUGGAUACACAUGUUACAGUUAGAGAGCUUAUGUCUCCAGCUCAAGAUCAAAGACCAUCCGAUCUCAACACUCUUCCCUGUCCUGCCAUGGAUGCCUUUGAAGGGGACACCUUCAAGCAAAGAUAGGAACACAAGGAGGAAAGGGAGGAAUCAGGCGACGUGUAAUAUCUGCAAGUAUGUGGUUGUCUUUGCUUUCGGACUGGGUUUGGCUGGUGCAGGUUUGCUCUUGGGAUGGACCCUGGGCUGGUUACUGCCAACUCCUGAGAUUCCCUCACUGUUUAAAACUGGUAAGUAGUGACUCAGAAUUUCAAAUCCAUGCCCGCUGGAUUUGUAUGGUUGCAGUUGAGCAAUUGCAUUGAAGGCUAAUAUUUAUGGGGUAGUGCCACAAAGUUUGGGUUCAAAGCAUGCCAUGUGGUGGUUCAUGUUGUGUGUUUAUCCACUAAAGGUUUUCAUCUGUUAAUGUACAUAACAUAAGCAGUACCUAGUGUACAUAUGUGUUGAGACCUAGAUGACUGCACUUGCGCAAUGAUAUCCAUGCAGGAUGAUGAAACUUUACGGUCAAGCAGGCAGUGAAAUAUGUCCUUCACACCUUUCGUGAUACUAUUUCUGCAUCAUUUUUAUCACAUUUGCUUGCAUGCAUUGCCUGUGGAUCUUUUAAAAGGAAGCAAAUAUGUCAUCAAGUCAUUGGUUUGAUGCA